CACACCCUCUAACCCCUGACCCUGCCCUCUGCCCUGACUUGUGCCAGACCUAACCAUGCCUGCAGGAGAGGCUCGAGCCCCGCUGGGCCAGGGGCUGCCCCCAGAUGUGCUGGUGGAGCAGGUGGAGCUGUGGUGGUCCCAGCAGCCACGACGCUCAGCACUCUGCUUUGCGGUGGCAGUGGGCCUCGUGGCAGGCUGUGGGGCAGCUGGCGUGGCACUGCUCUCUUCCACCAGCAGCCGCUCAGGUGAGUGGAGGCUGGCAGCAGGCACUGUGCUCUGUCUGCUGGCCCUACUGGUUCUCGUUAAGCAGCUGAUGAGCUCGGCAGUCCAAGAUAUGAACUGCAUACGCCAGCCCCACCACGUGGCCCUGCUACGCAGUGGUGGAGGUGCCGAUGCCCUGGUGGUGCUGCUCAGUGGCCUGGUGCUGCUGGUCACAGGCUUGACGCUGGCUGGGCUGGCCUCCGCCCCUGCCCCUGCCCGGCCACUGGCUGCCAUGCUGUCAGUGGGCAUCGCCCUGGCUGCCUCAGGCUCACUCCUGCUGCUGGGCUUGCUGCUAUAUCAGGUGGGCGUGAGUGGACAUUGCCCGCCAAUCCGUUCGGCCCCUCCCACUACCCACAGUGACCACAGUGGCAAUGGCAGCAUCUUCAGCAUCUCAGGAAGGUUGUCUGCUGGCCAGCGUCAUGAGACCACAUCCAGCAUUGCCAGCCUCAUCUGAUCAAGCCCAAGUCCUUCCCACGACCUGCCUCAGCAACCACAAGACUGUGCCAGGGCUGAGUGAGUGCAUGAGUGUGUGUCUGCACACACAAGGGGAUAGUGUAUGUGAGUGUGUGCAUGUCCCCAGGACUGUCCGGCCCUCCUGUGGGAUGUGUGAUGAGGAACCUCUGUGGUUCCUCACAUCCACACCGAGGGAGAGUCAGUGUGUUUCUCCUGGAACUGGGUGUUUGUGUCCAUGGAACUGUCACAGUCUGCCUGUCCGUAUCUGGGGUCUCUAGGCAGAGGCGUGUCUGGGAUCCCUGAAGAUUCUCAGCGCCUGUGCCCAACACCCCUCAAAGCUGACCCUGCCCUGUGACCCCUGUCAGGGGUUUUGGCAGGAGUGGGUGUUGUCCACCCCGAGACUGCACCAGCGAGUCUCCUUCCGUGAGGACAGUGAGUGGUGGCAGAGCGGGAAGAACACGAGAAUGAAAUGGGACAGGCCUGGAUCGGAAUCCCCCUCCACCACUUACCCGCCAGGGGACUUAGGAAAGUGACUUAACCUCUCUGAGCCUCAGUUUCUUGAGAGGCAUCAUGGUCGCCGUAAUCAAUUGUGAGGAUUAAAUGACGUCAUGCAUGGAAGGACUGGGCACAUGACAGAUGUGCAAUAAAGUGGUGGCUGCUGCUA